CUGCUCACAAAGUCACCACUUCCCGUCCAAUCCAUCCUUACCCCUCACAGUCUCCGAAGCCCUAGCGUCUCGAAAUCGCCGAUUCAUCACAAAAGAGGCGGCGUUUCUUGCUUUUCCCGUUCAAGUCAUGGCGGAAGAAGAUACUAUCGCUUACCCUGUGCAGCCUUCCGACCACAAGCGCAAGCUUGAGAAUAUCGAAUCGGAGAUUCUCGAACAACAUACCGGCUCGAUUGAAGCUUCUGUUGAUGAUGCCAAGGAAGCUUCUGAUUAUUCUCAGGCGAAGCGACACAAGCUCGACGGCAAGGCCGAUGAUGGGUUAGGGAUUGGGGGAACUGUAGAAAAGAAACCAGAGAAUGGUGAAGAAGAGGCAACUGGUAAUAGUCUAAUUGAGAAAGUGCAGGAGCCCAAUCAGGCUGAGGAUAACCAACCAGCUUCUGUUGAGGCUACAACCUCCCAGGAAGUAGUUUCUGUUGAAGAAAGUAAAGAGGUGAACACUAGUAAGGAAGCGAAUGAUGCUCUUGUUCAGAAAGAAGUUGAAAACGAAAGCAAGGUAGUGGAUGAUGAUGAAUCUCAGAAGGAAAAUAAGGAAGCAAAUGCUGGGGGUUGUCAGGAGCAGACUGGUGAAGAAAGUAAGGAAGUUAACGGCAGUGGUUCUCAUGAAGAGGUUGGCGAUGGAAGUAAAGAAGUCAGUGGUGGCACUUCUCAUAAGGAGGUUGACGACACCCAAUCCACAACUCGCAAAAUAGAAGUCCCAAGUUCAAAGGUUGGCACGCUUAUUGGUAAAGGUGGGGAGAUGGUACGGAAUCUCCAGCUCAGUUCUGGUGCCAAAAUCCAAAUCCGGAGGGAUUCUGAGGCUGAUCCAAAUGCAGCUUUAAGACCAGUGGAGAUAAUUGGGAGUCUUGCUUCUAUUGAGAAAGCAGAGAAGCUUAUCAAUGAAGUUAUAGCCCAGUCUGAAGGAGGAGGUGUACCUGCCCUUUUUGUAAGAGCGGCCCCAGAGCAAAUUGAGAUCAAAGUUCCAAAUGAUAAGGUUGGUGUGAUCAUUGGCCGAGGCGGGGAGACUAUCAAGAACAUGCAGACAAAGUCGAGAGCACGGAUUCAGUUAAUACCACUUGAAGAAGGUGAUGGCUCUAAGGAAAGGACUGUUCGUAUUUCUGGGGAUAAAAGACAAAUUGAUAUAGCUACGGCGUUGAUAAAAGAUGUCAUGUAUCAGGAUACAAGGCCAUCACACUAUUCUGGUGGUUAUAACUCGCCUGCUUACCAACCACGAGGACCCGGUGGUCCGCCUCAAUGGGGUGGUUCACGUGGUCCUCAUGGGCCCCAUUCAAUGCCAUACAAUUAUCAUCAUGGUGGACCAUACCCGUCUCAUGGUUCACAUUACAGACCGCCCAACUCCGGCGGUUAUCCUCCACAACAUAUGCCUCCGAGGAGUGGAUAUGGUCCUGGUUGGGAACAAAGGCCUCCACAUUCUGGUCCAUAUGAUUAUUACAGUAGAACAGGACCUCAAAACCCAGGUCCUGUGCCCAACCAUGCUGCUCCGUACUCUCAGGCAGGUGGUCAGCAGAAUUAUGGGCAGAUGUAUGAUCAGCCAAACUAUGAUAAUCCUCCUAUGCAGCAAUCUUAUGGUGGAUACCAACAGGGCUAUCCACCAGCCGGUGGUCAGCACCAAAUGCAGCAGCCAAGUAGACCUUAUGGGAUGCCAGCCGAGCAAGGAUAUGGGCCUCCAAGGCCAGCAGCACCUUCUGUUGAUGUGCCUUACCAAGGUCCACCUCAAGCAGCACCAUCGUAUGGUGCAAACAUGGCUCCACCACAACAGCAAUAUGGUUAUGCAUCAAGUACUCCUGGUCAACAAACUUACCCUUCAUACAACUCUGCAGCACCAUCCGAUGGUUAUAAUAGUACACAAGCAGCAGCAGUUACCCCAGCUUAUGAACAGCAUGGUGGAACACCAGCUUCUGGUGUGCAGCAAACUUCAGCUGGAUAUGGGCAAGCACCUCAAACCGGUGGUUAUAGCUCAUAUCCCUCUACACAGCCGGCUUAUGGUAACGCCCCGGCUCAGAGCAAUGGAAACUAUGGCUACGGCUCUCAGUAUCCUAGCUAUGGAGGUGGAAACGCAACAGCAUAUGCGGCACCUGUUGGCCAAACCGCUUACUCCCAGACUGCACCUGCCCAGGCGGGAUAUGAUCAGUCUGCAACUCAGCCAGCAGGCUAUGCAGCUGCUCCAGGAACAGCACAGUGAAGUCGUUGUUCCUUCAAAUCAAUCAGUAUGAUGCAGACUAGGCUUGUGAUGUGACUCGCUAGAAGAUCACAUGUAUCCUCAGAUUAUUAGACUUGUAUCCCUAAACUGCACAUCCUGAAUCAGACAGCCCCAGUGUUUUCUUAAUCUUUGGUAUGUCGUCUUAUUAUCGUGGAUCUAAAUGGCGCAUGACUCUGUUCCACCUUACAUUUUGCCCUGCGAUCUGAGUAAACCUUAAGUUGUUACUCUUUUACUGUUGCUAUUCUUUAAGGUGUUCCUAAAAUAUAAGCUUUGAUCUUCUUUUGUUA